AUGGGAUUGGAGGGGUCUGUCCAUGCCCAGGAGGGCUGCUGGGGGCGCCGGAGGGGGUCUGUCUGUGCCCGGGGACAGCCAGUGAGGGUCUGCCCAUCCCGUGGCGCAGGGCGCUGCGAGGCCGUGCGGAUGCUGCUGACCGACCAGGGGCAGGAGUGGCAGGAGGAUGUAGUGACCGUGGACCUGUGGCAGAAGGGAGAGCUCAAGAAAUCCUGUCUGUUCGGGCAGCUGCCCAAGUUUCGGGAUGGCGACUUAACCCUGUACCAGUCCAACGCCUUCCUGCGGCACCUGGCCAGGACCUAUGGGCUCUACGGAAAGGACCAGCGGGAGGCGGCGUUGCUGGACAUGGUGAAUGACGGGGUGGAAGAUCUGCGCCUCAAAUAUGCCCAGCUCAUCUACCAGAACUACGAGAACGGUAAAGCGGCCUAUGUGGAGGCACUGCCAGGGCAGCUGCGCCCCUUUGAGACCCUGCUGUCCCAGAACCGCGCCGGCAAGGCCUUCAUCGUCGGAGAUCAGAUCUCUUUUGCAGACUAUAACCUGGUGGAGCUGGUGCGGAACCACCUGGUGCUGGCACCCGGCUGCCUGGCCUCCUGCCCUCUGCUGGCCGCUUAUGUGGAGCGGGUGAGUGCCCGGCCCCGCCUGCGCACCUACCUGGAGUCGGCCGCCCACCGCGACCGGCCCAUCAAUGGCAAUGGCAAGCAGUGACCCCCCUGG